AUGCAUGUUCGAAAUCGUUAUCGAACAAAUCCACCUAAUUUUAAACAACUUGCAGAUAAAUAUCCAACAUUAAAACCUUUUGUCAUAGAAAAAAAUAAUGGUGAUGUUACAUUUGAUUUUCGUGAUUCAAAUUCUGUUCGAGCAUUAACAAUAGCAGUAGCUAAAGAAGAUUUUAAUUUAGAUUUAGAAUUAAGUUUAGAUCGUCUCAUACCAAGAAUUCCACAAAAAUUAAAUUACCUUCACUGGAUUGAAGAUUUAAUUGAAUGUAAAAAUGAUGCAAUUGGCAUUGACAUUGGUAGUGGUUGUUCAUGUAUUCAUGCACUGCUAGCAUUACGUCUUAAUCCUCAAUGGACAAUGUAUGUUUCAGAAAUUGAUCCAUUUAAUUAUCGUAUGGCUAUAAAGAAUGUUGAACAAAAUCAAUUACAAGAUCAAAUUCAUGUAAUACAAACAGAUAUAUCAGCUUUAUUUGAUGGUGUUAUUGAUCGAACAAAACAUUAUGAUUUUCUUAUGUGUAACCCUCCAUUCUUUACUGAUACAUUAGAAUCUCAAGGUUUAACACAUACUCGAAAAUCUACUCGUCCAUCAGCUAAUUCAAUAAAUACAGCUGCAAAUAUCGAAUCAAUAUAUGAUCAAGGUGGUGAAGUUGAAUUUGUUAAACGUAUGAUUGAUGAAAGUCAAACAUACACCACGAAUGUCAGAAUUUUUACGAGUCAAUUGGGUAAAAAAUCAAGUUUAGAUCAAAUUCAGAUAUAUUUAAAAGAUAUUAAUCAUAUUGAUACAGAAUUUUGUCAAGGAAAUACGAUGCGUUGGGCAAUUGCAUGGACAUUUGAUGAAACAUAUCAUUUUCCUGAACAAUGUCAAACUCGAGAAGCAUUUAAAGCAUUAAAAAAAGCAAAAAGAAAAGAAAUAACUCGAACACCAAUUAAUAUUGAAUUUGAAUCGAAAUAUUCAUUUGAUUUUAUUAAAAAUUAUCUAGAAACAUUCAUAUUUAAUAAACUCAAUUUAAAAUGGACAAGUCUAAGUUCGUUUGCUUGGAUAUUUGAUGCAUAUGAAAAUUUAUGGUCUCAUCAACGUCAACGUCGACGUCAUCAAAAUGAUGAACAACCACCAGCAGCAAAACGUUUAAAAUCUGAUGACAAUCAAAUAACUAAAGUGUGUAGUAUUCAAGCACGUUUAGAUGAACAUGAAGGUGUUUGCAGUUUAUAUCUUUUAUUUGUUGAUGGAGUAAAUACAGAUGCAGCAAAUCAAAUUGGUCAAUACAUUAAAAAUCAAUUUCCAAUAUAUUGUCAAAGUCUUAAAUAA